AAUGACGAUAAACCUCAGCCUCUUUUUGUCAAACUAUCUUUGAACAACAACCAUAAGAAAUUCUACAACCAAAUUAUUAAGAGGCUUGAUGCUGUCUCAGGAUUGAGUUCAUAGAUUCCACAAGAUUUUUAGUCAUAACAUCGUAUAUGGAUGAUUAACUUUUGCAGGAUGGACAUCAUUUCACAGUUACAAGAACAGAUCAAUCAAAUUGCGGGUAUUAACUUUAACACCUUUGGCACACUGCAAAGGGAUAAUCCUCCUAUUAGACAGUCUCCCAACUACCCAGAACCACCAGGUACUAAUCCUCCAGAGGACGUGGCAAAUUUUGCGGAGCAACCCAAGCUUAUGAGUGCUGCUCUUGUAAAAGCAGCUAAGCAGUUUGAUGCAUUGGUAGCAGCUCUUCCAUUGGCUCAGGCUGCUGAAGAAGAUCAGUUGAAAAGUAUUGCAGAACUCCAGGCUGAGAAUGAUGUUGUGGGUCAAGAACUGAGGAGACAACUGGAAGCUGCUGAGAAGGAACUGAGACAGGUUCAAGAGUUGUUCAGCCAAGCUGUGGAUAAUUGCUUGAAUUUGAAGAAACCAGAUUGAAUGAAGUGUAAUUGGUAAAGUUCACCAUUCUAUUUAUUAGUCAUGUAGAAUCUGCUAAAUUUAAUUUAAUCGCAUCUAAUCUAAGUACUACUAGUUUUUAUUCAAA